AUGUCUUCCAACAACAAAGCUUCGGGCUCUAACCCUACUGGCUCCUUUUCCCUCAUGAACCUUUGUGGGAGGGUCAUCUUUGAUGGUUCCAACUUCAUGGAUUGGAUCCGGAACAUCAGGAUGGUUACUCGUUACGAGGACAAGGAAUAUGUCCUCGAUAAGGAGCUAAAGGAGCUUGAUGAGUCCACUGCUACUCCUGAGGAGGUCGCUGAGUAUCAGGCACAUGAAAGAGAUGCCACCAAGGUGGCAUGCAUCAUGAUGGCCACCAUGACAGCUGAACUCCAAAAGUCCUAUGAGGACUAUUACCCUUUUGAGAUGCAUCAGGAUCUGAUGGAAAGGUACCAUCAGAGUGCUCGUCAAGAGCAGUAUGAAAUAAUCUCCUCCAUGAUCACUACCCGUAUGAAGGAUAGCGAACCAAUCACGAGCCACAUGCAGAAAAUGCAAAGGUAUGUGGACCGUCUAAUGAAACUGAAUGUGAACUUCCCUGAGGAGUUGGCAAUUGAUAUCAUUUUGCACUCCUUGCCAUCGUGUUAUGAUCAAUUUCGUAUGACAUACCACAUGAACAAGGAGGAAGUCACACUCAGUAAGCUUCAAGGACUUCUGAAGACUGCCGAAAGUGGUCUUAAGAGUAAGUCGGUUGCUACUCCUACUCCUACUACUACCCCUGUUUUGGCUAUCGGGCAAGGCAAAGGGAAGAAGAGGAAGCACCCUUCGAAGGGUACCAAGGGAAAGUCCCUUGAAGGCUCCUCAUCUGGAACCAAAGGUGGUUCUAUCACUCCUUCUGCCAUCCCUAAGGAUGCUGAAUGCUUCUACUGUCAAAAUAAGGGGCACUGGAAGCGAAACUGCCCAAAGUACUUGCAGGAUGUCAAGGAUGGGAAAGUGAAACCAUCCCAUGCAGGUUGUGGUAUUCACAUCUGUUGUGACUUGCAGGGCCUAAGAAGAAGUGAGGAUGUGGAGCACGGAAAGAUAAACUUAAUCAUGGGGAACAAGAAGGUUGCACUUGUUACCAAGAUUGGAGUUUAUACUUUGUUGCUAGAUAGUGGGUUAAAGUUAGAUUUGAAUAAAUGUGUGUACUCGUCUGAAAUGGCGAGGAAUAUUAUUUCCUUUCAUGCUUUAUACAAACAAGCUGUAUCGGUUGUAGAUAAUUUAGGAAAUAAUGUAUUAUGUAUUGAUUCUUCUACUAGCUUGGAUAAAGCAUCUUUGUGGCAUUGUCGUCUUGGACAUGUAAGCAAGAAACGCAUAGGCCAGCUCCAAAAGGAUGGAGUCUUGGAGUCGUUCGACCUCAAGUCGGAUGAUAGUUGUGAGUCUUGUCUACUUGGAAAAAUGACAAAAUCACCCUUCACUGAUUAUGGUUAUGUCUACUUAAUCAAACAUAAGUCAGAAACUUUUGAAAGGUUUAAAGAGUUUAAACAGGAAGUAGAAAAUCAAUUGGGCAGGAACAUUAAGAUGCUUCGAUCCGAUCGAGGUGGUGAGUAUCUUAGUACUGAGUUCCUCGACUAUCUUAAGGAGUGUGGGAUUGUCUCACAAUUGACACCUCCCAGGACACCACAGCUGAAUGGUGUAGCUGAGAGGCGCAAUCGAAAUUUGUUGGACAUGGUUCGCUCUAUGAUGAGUCGAGCUUCGCUACCAAUCUCUUUUUGGGGGUAUGCCUUAGAGACUGCCGCCCACAUCCUUAAUCUAGUCCCUACAAGAAGGUUGCAAAACACUCAUGAAAUGUGGAUUGGGAAAGUUCCCAAUUUGGACCAUAUCAAGAUUGGGGUUGCGAGGCUUUAG